GUAUAAAUAGGAACCGAAUUUUGGAUGUCGGCACUUCACUUGUUGAGGCAAGCAUAAGUGAACAUGGCAAAGUUGGCGAUCUUCUUCUUGGUGGCUGUGGCUUUUCAAGCCAGUUUCGCCGUCCCAACCUACUACGAAGACAACACUCUUUUCAAGUACUUGAACGAAAUCCGCUCCGAAGUGCAAGACAUCACCUUGUACCUCGAAAAAGACUUCCCUGAAGAUCGUUUGGCUCAUAAAACCGUCACUUGGCAAUGUCAGAAACUUGUUGAAGCUAUCCAAGUAAUCAUCAACAAGCUCCACGAAGAAACCUUCAGCUACCAAAGUGAAGGAGUUGGCAUCUUCAGAGAAGUUGUCUCCCUUUUGAAGGAAGUGCGUGACUCGCUCAAACAAAUCACCCUCUACAAUGAAAUUACGAACAUCCACGAAGUUAAGAAGAACUUCAUCGUCUCCAUCAACCUGGUUCUUGAACGUUUUGAAAAAUUGGUGCAACUCACCUACAAACUCUACCCUGAAUUCCAAUACACUUUGAAAUACCUUUUCGUCGACUUCUUGACCACUCUCCGCGGAAUCCGCUCCCACUUUAUCCACAUCAACGAAGGUUUGGAAGUUGUCAAAACUCCACGCGUGUUGAUCAAGGAAAUCCACGAAUACACCAACGAACUUACCCAGCUUCUCCAGGAAGUCGUCCACCCAACCCAAAUUAAGGUAGCCCUCCGCGAAUACCUCAUCGUCGUCAACGAAAUCGUCCGCAAAUUGCAACAAGAGACCAUCUUGGGACACAAAGAACUCGACCUUGUCUUACAUCAGCUCACCAACAAGCUUCGUGAAAUUGUUUACCCCAUCAUGGAAAUCAUGGCCGAAAACACCGUUGAUGUGAAAGUCUUCAGAACCAAGAUCAUCAGCAACUUGCGCGAAGUUGUUGCCAUCUUCGAACAGUUGGUACAGCUCUGCGAAGACAAAGUCUUGCCCGUAGAAAUCAGAACUCUUCUCGUCAGAGUCAUCUACCACUACUUCUACGCCGUCAAGCACGUUAUCCAAGAAACCAGAUUCGGUAACAAGAUCGGUUUCUACACUCCCAAGUACUACAGCACCGAAUAUUAUGGCAAGCACGGAUACGGACUCUUCGAAAAGGAAAUCCACAACCGCUUCUACACCCCAUACAAGUACGAAACCAACUACGAAAUUCCCUUCGAAUACAAAAACAUCGAAAAGAACUACUACAACCCAUACAGAUAUGAAACUCUUUUCCCAAUCCGUAAAUUCGAAGCAGAAUCUAUCUAUGGCAAGGCUUUGGAAUGGAACAAGUACGAAUCCAAUGUUGCCGUUCCAUCUUUCAACGAAGGCAAUACUCUCUUCAAGUACUUGAACCAAAUCCGCUCCGAAGUACAAGACAUCACUUUGUAUCUCGAAAAAGAUUUCCCAGAAGACCGCUUGGCUCUUAAAACCGUCACCUGGCAAUCGCACAAACUUGUUGAAGCUAUCGAGGUCAUCAUCAACAAACUCCACGAAGAAACCUUCACCUAUCAAACUGAGAUCUUCAGAGAGGUCGUCUCCCUUUUGAAGGAAGUACGUGACUCCCUCAAGCAAUUCACCGUCUACAACGAAAUCACCAACAUCCACGAAAUUAAGAAGAACUUCAUCGUCUCCAUCAACGUCGUUCUUGAGCGUUUCGAAAAAUUGGUAAACAUCACCUACAAACUCUACCCUGAAUUCCAAUACACUUUAAAGUACCUUUUCGUCGACUUCGUCAACACCCUUCACGGAAUCCGUUCUCACUUUAUCCACAUCAACGAAGGCUUAGAAGUUGUCCAAACCCCACGUGUUUUGAUCAAGCAAAUCCACGACUAUACCAACGAACUUACCCAACUUCUUCAAGAAUUCGUCCACCCAACCCAAAUUAAGGUCGCCCUCCGCGAAUACCUCAUCGUCGUCAACGAAAUCGUCCGCAAGUUGCAAGAAGAGACCGUCUUGGGACACAAAGAACUCGACCUUGUCUUACAUCAGCUCACCAACAAACUUCGUGAAAUCGUGUACCCCAUCAUGGAAAUCAUGACCGAAAACACCGUUGACGUGAAAGUCUUCAGAACCAAGAUCAUCACCAACUUGCGUGAAGUUGUUGCAAUCUUCGAGCAAUUGGUACAGCUCUGCGAAGACAAAGUCUUGCCCGUUGAAAUCAAAACUCUUCUCGUCAGAGUGAUCUACCACUACUUCUACGCCGCCAAGCACGUUAUCCAAGAAACCAGAUUCGGGAACAAGAUCGGUUUCUACACUCCCAAAUACUACUCCACCGAAUUCUAUGGCAAGCACGGAUACGGACUCUACGAAAAGGAAUUCCACAACCGCUUCUACACCCCAUACCAAUACGAAACCAAAUACUACAACAUUCCCUUCGAAUACAAGAACAUUGAAAACAACUACUACAACCCAUACAGCUACGAAACUCUUUUCCCCGUUCACCAGAACCAAAUCGAGUCUUUCUAUGGCAAAAACCUCCAGUGGAACAAAUAUGAAUCCCCCAAGGAUUUAGUCUUAACCGUCCAAAUGCUUGUCAAACGCAUCUUCAACCGUUUCGAACAAAACACCUGGGAAGUUACCGAUGUCAACACCGUUCUCCUCCACAACAUCCGUGAGUUCAUCAACGUCCUCGACAACAUCUCAGAGAAAUUCGAAAACAAAAUGACCUUCGAACGUUCCCUUCACACCGAAAAGUACGUAGAAGAAUUCAUCUACAGAAUCAAGGAAAUCAAGAGAGAACUCAAGCAAACCAUCAACACCGAAGUUUUUACCAACUUGCCCGAACUCAAGAUCCGCUUCCUCCGUUACAUUGAAGUUGUUGCCGCCGAAUAUUACAAAUUGAUUGAAAACCAACAAGUAUACGGCCUUGAAAAUUUCUUGAUCAAGGAUAUCUUCAACAAAUUCAUCUCCUUCUUGAACAAGGUCAGCUACGAACGCAACUACAUCUCGGAGAACUACCCAAUCAAGGGAUUCAACGGUUUCUCCUCCAAGUAUUACAAGGACAACACCAUUGUACCAUACAACUACAACGUAUAUUCCCACAAGCUCCCCUUCGUUAACGGUGGAUGGUUGAACUACAACACCGAAAGAUUCGUCCCAACUGUUUACAACCAAUUGUACUAAAAUGUGAUUUGCUAUGAUUACGGAUAUAGUCUCAGUAUUUAAAUAAAGCUGAACUUAAUUAUUAUA